UUUGUUCUUUUCAGAUGCCCUCUUUGCGAUUUGCGAACUCUUUCCUCGUAGCAUUCGAGAGCUCACUCAUCCCACCGAAGUCAGCUUAAACUAGUAGUACGUUGAACAGUAAAACGGAGAUCUCCUGACACUCGGUGGCUGCAGUUAAAUGUAAAAGAAAACGAUUUUUUUAGGCUAAGCACACGUUUCAACCAAAGCACACCUUUAGGCCAAACAAUCAACUUACAGUAGUACAGUACUUAACAGUAAAACAGAGAUCUCCUGACAUUGGUGGUGGUACUAGUUAAAUGUAGGAGUAUGAUUUGUUCAUGCUAAGCACACCUUUCAGCCAAAGUACUUGGCCAAGGGCACAGGAAAAAUCAAGGUUUAGCGGCGAACGAACCUGCUGCUCUCCUAAAUUGCAACCAAUCAAAGUUUUCUCCGCCAACCAGGCGCGUCUUCGACUUCGAUUGACGAACUGCCCUGAACAAAUCUUGCAGAAAAUUCUAGAUUUUUGCAAUCGGAGCUGUUCAAAUUCGCACGCUAAAAUAUAGUUUAUGAUUGGAUGCAUGAAAGUAAUGUUAAUGCAUUUGUCAUUAACAGUAAUUCCGCCGUUUAAUAUUUUACCACGUGUAUUAAGUGAAGAGAGUUCGUGGCCGGAGCUUUAAGUCGGAGAGGCUGUCAGAGCCAAAAAUAGCAGUUAAUUAAGGAAACAUAGUUGUUUCGUUGAUAUGAUAUUAGUAUCUCCAUUCUUAAAGAGGGGUUAGCUGAAAAUCCAGUAGUCAGCUUAUACUAGUGUUGAACUUACGGAUUACUACCAAAUUUGUGGAAUGUGUUGAAUUUCUUCAAUGUCAUCUGCACAUGGUUUCACUUUUAUUGAUAAACCAACAUGGCCUGGUUUUGACAUACAGAUUCAAUAUAGUUUUGUGGUACACAGAAAAUUCUAGAUUUUUGCAACCAGAGUUGUUCAAAUUUUCACGCUAAAAUAUAUGGGAUGUUUAUGAUUGGAUGCAUGAAAAUAAUGUUAAUACAUUUGUCAUUAACAGUAAUUCCGCCGUUUAAUAUUUUAGCAUGUGUAUUAAGUGAAGAGAGUUCAUGGCUGGUGCUUUAAGUUGGAAAGGGGGUCAAAGGCAAAAGAAGCAGUUAAUUAAGGAAGUAUUAGUUGUUCCUUUGAUAUGAUAUUAGUACCCCCAUUCUUAAAGAGGGGUUAGUUGAUCCUGCUUGGUCUAGCAUUGUAGCUUUAUUUUUACAUGACCAGACUACCUUCAGCCAAACAAUGUUGUAGAUUUUCAGUAGUAAAAAUCAACGGUCUGUUCUGUGUCAUCUUAAGAGAGUACUGAAGAGCUAGAUUAUUUCAGAGCUCAAAUUUUAUUCUUUUUUGCACGGUUGAGAUGAAUUACGCGAAGCGAUGUUACAUUAAAGUGUAACUGCAGUGCCUUUCUUAUCUUCCAGCACUGUACAGUGAUGGUGGUGCUGCAAUUGUACUAGUCAAUGGGGUGAAAGCUAAGAACCUUGGCCUUCAAGUUAUUGCAAGGAUAAAAUUUUGAGCUGUCUUGCCUUACAUGCCUUGUCAUUAUUCAUUGCUGGUGAAACAAAUGUUGUUUGAAAAUUUUCGACCCAUUAUUCUUGUUAAUGAAGACUUGUACAAUGAUCUUUUUCUGUAGGAUUCGAUGCUAUUUUUUCUCUUUUCUUGUUAUUUUGCAUUAACACUCAUUACAACUUCAAGCGCUUGUACUAUUUACAACAGCUCCAGCUCUUGCUAUCCUAAAGGUUAUAUCAAAUUCAGGUCUCAAGAUUCACAAAUAGCCUCAUUCUAGUGAUACGAUAAAGAAAGUGACAAUUUAGUCACACUUGGAUCCGGUAAAGCCAUUUUUGUUUGAUUUUUAGCAAUGUCGCUGUCACUUUUAACUCAACACAUGGAGAUGCUAAUUCACCCGAGCUAUGUAAAAAAUUCCAUAAUUGAGGAAGAACUCUAAUUCUUACUACUACUCGAGCUUCUCGACCUCUUAUGAAAUCUAUUCAUUUAGCAAUGUACAGAAGGAAAUGAUAGCUUCAUUUUCAAUCAAGAUAUACUGAAUGGAUAUGUAGGAAUCAAAGCAACCGCUAGAGCUCUGGAAUCAGAGUUCUUUGAAUUUGCACAUUAAAAUAUUUAUGACGGGUUAUAUGAAAAUAAUCUUACUGCAUUUGUCUUCAAUAGUACAUUCAUUGUUUUUUUUACCACAUGUACUAAAAAAGAGAGUUCAUGGCCGGUGCUCCAAGUUAAAGAGCCAGUCAUGUUAUAAUAGCUACAUAAAUGUUCAAAUAUCUCGAUUCUUAAAAAGGGCCACAAAAUGACUGUAAUAGAUUUCAUAGAUCUGAGUGAUCAUGAUAUUAUUGACUUGAGCAGCAGCGAUGACGAGACUGUUCAGGAGGAUCAUAUUGCAACUCAGCACCGGGCGGCGUCGCUUGAUAGGCAGACUAUGCAUGUCGUAGCUGGUGAAGGAAUCGAAGAUGUGCAGGCUGCGUUUGUUGCAGCUAGUGAAGGAAGGCAAGAUGUGCAGGCUGUGUUUGCUGCAGCUAGUGAAGGAAGACAAGAGGCUGCUGAUUGCGGACAUGCUUUGGAAGCCACCACAUCGUCCUUGGUUACAGAAAAAGAACCUCUUGUUGCAGCUAGUGAAGGAAGCCAAGAGGCUGCUGAUUGCGGACAUGCUUUGGAAGCCACCAUAUCGUCCUUGGUUACGGAAAAAGAACCUCUUCUUGCAGCUAGUGAAGGAAGCCAAGAUGUGCAGGUUGUGCUUGUUGCAGCUCGUGAAGGAAGCCAAGAUGUGCAGGCUGCUAGUGAAGGAAGCCAAGAUGUGAAGGUUGUGCUUGUUGCAGCUACUGAAGGAAGUCAAGAAGCUGCUGACUCUGGAAAUGGUUUGGAAGCUACAGCAUCGCCUUUGGUUACUGAAAAAGCACCUCUUGAUACGGCUGAAUCGCACAACUGUCCACUCUCUCCCACAUCAGCGCUGUUCCCCAGCCCGACUUCUACCGUUCUGAAGGCUCCGACCUUUGAAGGUGGCGAUGCAAAGCUGGUAAGAGGGAAGGUGAAGCGUCCCAGGAAGAACUACCACACCGGUACUCCUAGGACAAGUCCUAGGUUUGAACUGAAGCCUGAAUGUCGGAACGGGUCUCUGGAAGAGCUGCCAGCCGAGGCACUGACCUCUGAAGGUGGCGACGCGGAGCUGGUGAGAGAGAAGAUGCAACAUCCUGGGAAGGAUUACCAUACCGGCACUCAUGGGACAAGUCCUAGGUUUGAACCGAAGCGUGAAUGUCAUAACGGGCCUGUGAAAGAGCUGCCAGCCGAGGCUCUGACCUCUGAAGGUGGCAACGCAAAGCUGUUGAGAGCGAAGGUCAAGCAUCCUCGGAUGAACUACCAUACCAGCACUCCUAGGACAAGUCCUAUGUUUGUAACGAAGCUUGAAUGUCAUAACAGGCCUUUGGAAGAGCUGCCAGCCGAGGCUCUGACCUCUGAAGGUGGCAAUGAAGAGCUGGUGAGAGGGAAGCUGAAACAUCCUACGAAGAACUACCAUGCUGGCACUCCUAGGACAAGUCCUAGGUUCGAACAGAAGCUUGAUUGUCGUAACGGGCCUGUGGAAGAGCUGCCAGCCGAGGCACUAAUUUCUGAAGGUGGCGAUGUGGAGUUGGUGAGAGGGAAGGUGAAACGUCCUAAGAAGAACUGCCAUACCGGCACUCCUCGGACAAGUCCUAGGUUUGAACCAAAGCAUGAAUAUCAUAACGGGCCUGUGGAAGAGCUGCCAACCGAGGCACUGACCUCUGAAGUUGGCGACGCGGAGCUGGUGAGAGGGAAGCUGAAACAUCCUAGGAACAACUACCCUGCUGGCACUCCUAGGACAAGUCCUAGGUUUGAACCGAAGCCUGAAUGUCAUAACGGGUCUAUGGAAGAAAUGCCAGCCGAGGUUCUGACCUCUGAAGGUGGUGAUGCUGAGCUGGUGAGAGGGGAAGUGAAACAUUCUAGGAAGAACUACCAUACCGGCACUCCUCGGACAAGUCCUAGGUUUAAAACAAAGCGUGAAUGUCGUAACGGGUCUGUGGAAGAGCUGCCAGCUGAGGCUCUGACCUCUGAUGGUGCUGAUGCAGAGCUGGUGAGGGGGAAGGUGAAACAUGGUAGGAAGGAUUACCAUACUGGCACUCCUAGGACAAGUCCUAGGUUUCAACUGAAGCGUGAACGUCGCAAGGGGCCCGUGGAAGAACCGGCAGCCGAUCACAAGAGGUUCCGCACACUAGAAGAAUUAAUUGCCUCUCCUGACAAUGCAGAAUCUGCGAAGACCCCCUUUACCGACUCUCUGAACUAAGUUCUGUUCACAGAUGAAUUUACAACUGUGAAGGCUGAAGACCAUCAGUACUUGAAGAAUGUUGUUCCUUGGGAGUUGAGAAAACAACACCAGGCUGCAAGCUGAGAUGUAAGUGUGCAUUAAUCAUGUAACCAACCAGCAAUAGGUUGAAAUUUGUGAGCAACUGCAGUGUGAAAUUUGUGAAAAACUCUGUUUUCUUUGUGGAGGUUGGAACUGUAUUUAGUCGUGCUCACAGGGGAAUUUACAACUGUGAAUGUUGAACAACGUCAGUUAGUGCUACUUACUG